AUGAUGAAAAAUUUUACAUUGCCGGUCACAAUUCUAUAUCGAUGUCAUCUAAAAGAAUCAGAACUAACUUUACUAUUAGGUGGAGAUUAUAAUGAAUUUCUUAAACAAGCGUUCUUUGCUGGAAUACCAGUAGCUUUAAUAGGGGAGACAAGUCCUCAAAAAAACGCCCUGAAAAAGUUCACUUUAACAAGAUAUUCUUUCAAGAUGUAUGUGAGUUACAACUUCAUCCAUUUUCUUCGGAAAUCGCACAACUUCGUAUUAGUGGCAUCUUCCAAACCCAUAUUGCAAUCCAUUUUACAGAGAACAAAAGAUUCACCGUGGGCGAAUCCGGAAGGAUUUUAUAUUAUAGUUGAUAAAGAAACUGAAACACGAGGUUGUAUAAACGCUCGUUUAUUUCUCUGGACGGCAUGGAAAUAUGACUUGCUCUCUGUUAUAUUUCCAUGCAUCGAUCCACACGAAGGAAUUGUGUAUUACACAUUUAAUCCGUAUUCUAACAGUACGCCAACCGAUUGGAAUGAAGUAGGCCGCAUAAAAGGACGAGAGGGCCAUCCUUGGAUAAUGUUGAAAAGAAAAUUUGAAAAGGAAACAGAGAUGUGCAAAAAUCUGAAUUUCGAUAAAACGAUAACUCUGCAAGGCUAUAAGAUCCGAUUAAACGCCGUCGAAAUGGAACCAUAUAUAAAAAUCGAUUCGAGUUUAUCGGAUGAAGAGAAAUUUCGCGGCGAUAAUAGCGAAAUCAUCAAGAUAUUAUUACACAAAUUAAAAGCGUCUCUGUCAAUCAAGAUUUAUAAUGGCAGUAUCUACGGACUCGGCGGUAUAGGACCGAAUGGUACUCUAGAGGGUUUGAUGGCUCCUUUGAGCGAUGGCAAAAUAGACAUGGGCAUGAAUACGAGACAUUUGUUUAUAUUGUGGAAAGUCAGAUACACAUAUCCCCAUACAAGAACAGGUAUCUGUGUGAUAGCACAACCACAUUCAAAAGUCUCCCAAUAUACCAAGCUGAUAAUGUUUAUGUCACCAGAAGUGAUAGUAGGAAUUGUCAUAAUGUGUCUGUUGGCUUAUGUACUAUUUAUGAAGAGCGAAGGGUACAUAAAAGCCAGCUUACAGGUGAUAAGACUUAUAAUCUGCGUGGGAAUUCUACAUCCACCAAAAAUUAAUUCCACCAGAAUUUUUGUAUGCAUGAUAUUGAUUCUGUUCCUCAACAUAAACGCUUUAUUCCAAAGUCACCUGUCGGCAUUGCUCACCGUGCCGAUUUAUUACCGUGAUAUUGACACUAUAGAAAGUCUUAAGAAAUCCGGAUACAUUAUAUACGGACCGCGUCAAUUCAAACUAUUAUUGAACGAUCCUGUACUGGAAUCGCGCUAUGUGGAAGUCACGUACGAAGAAUGCAAGGAACACGUAGAGAAUUCGACGAACGCUGUGUGUUUGGGGGACUGUCACCACCUGUACUACAGAAUUAAGGAUCAAGGCCUUAUUAAAUCGAGAAUACUGGUAGAAUUAACAAAAUCCUAUGUCACUCGCGAAGAUUGGCCAUUGUACCAACGAGUAAAUGAUAUUAUUCGAUACAUGAUGCAGGCCGGCUUAAUCAUAAAAUCUCGAGCUGAUUCUGCCAUGGAAAUUAAACGCGAAAGAUUUAAAAAUGAUACGAAGAAAAAAGGCUUUAAAGUGAUGUUGCUGAAACAGCUUGCGUUCAGCUUUUAUUUUCUCAUCGUGGGAUAUACUUGCGCCACUAUAAUUUUCAUAUUGGAAUUGAUAAUUGGUCAAUUGGUUUCUAGAUCUGAGAACCAAAUAGGAAUCAAAAAGAGUACUUUUUGA